GGGAGCGGCCGGGCGGCAUCGCGGGGCGCGGAGCGGCCGGCGCGUGGGGCUCUCCUCUCCCGUCCUCUCCUCUGCCAGCUGCGGGCGGGAGCGGCGGCGCGAGCCCGACAAGCAUGAUCAUCCCGGUCAGGUGCUUCACGUGCGGCAAAAUCGUCGGCAACAAGUGGGAAGCCUAUCUCGGCCUCCUGCAGGCGGAGUAUACGGAAGGAGACGCCCUGGAUGCCCUUGGUUUGAAGAGAUACUGCUGCCGCAGAAUGCUCCUAGCCCACGUGGAUCUGAUUGAGAAGCUUCUGAAUUAUGCACCUCUGGAGAAAUGAGAGUUUGUUGCCCCAGCUGCCAACUUCUUUCAAGGAAAGAAAUGAAGGAUGAAGUCCACUUUAGAACUAGAGAUUAAAAAUGUAGAUGUUUCUCUUUAACUCAGUGCACAGAGGUUGCUUUUUGUUCCUUUUUGUGAACUUUUAGGUGCUUCUGCCAGCAAAAAUAAAUGUGUGUUUUAUGAAAUAUAA